AUGCCGUCUUCUGGCAGGAAGUGUCCAGCCACGCUCUCCGACAAAGAUGCCGCCAUCAACAUCGUCGGGGCCGGCGUGUUCGGCCUGAGCACGGCGAUCCAUCUGGCGCAACGAGGAUACCGCAACAUCACGCUGUUCGACAAGCAGCCCUACGAACAAUCGCGAUAUUCCUAUUUCAAAGGCUGCGAUGCUGCGUCGGCGGACACGAAUAAGAUCUUCCGCUCAGCUUACGGCGCGCAGACCGAGUACCAGGAUCUGUCGAUCGAGGCCACCACCGCAUGGAAACAGUGGAAUGCUGAGAUCGCCGCCGGCAACGUGCCCGCCGGCAUGAGCAGGACGGACGCCGUCUUCCUAAACCAUGGUCACUUGAGCCUCACCGACCAGCCAACACUGCCGCCCUUCGAGGCCGCGACGGUGCGCAACAUGAACGCCGCCGCUGGCCAGGCCGAUUCGCAGCUGAUCACGCACGACCCCACGCACGUCCAGCUCGCGCACGAAAAGGGCUUCGGCCACGCCAUCGACCCGUUCGGCGGCCGCCAGCGCCGCGGUCAGCCGUACCUGGGCGUGCUCGACACCACGGGCGGCACCGUGCUGGCCGACAAGGCGUGCUGCUUUGCACUGCACAAAGCCAAAUUCCUGGGUGUGCGGACGGUGUUUGGGCCCGAGUCCGGGGCGUUGGAUUCCUUCAUCUACUCAUCCACAUCCAAAUCCGCAUCCACAUCUGCACCCACAUCUCCUUCUACAUCGCCUUCUUCUCCUCAUACCGACACCGACACAGUAGUAGGGAUUCGCACACGAGACGGCAAAAGCCACCUCAGCGAAGUGGUCAUCAUGGCCUGCGGCGGCUGGACACCCAGCCUCCUCCCCGAACUUGACUCGGUCUGCGAAGCCACGGCUGGAUCCGUUGUGCUGAUGAAACUACCCCCCGACCUCGCCCGGCGCUACUCACCGGACAACUUCCCAUCGUGGAUGUACAAGAUGCGUGACGGGGCCGAGGGCGGCCUGUACGGGUUCGCGGCCACCGACGACGGAUACAUGAAGAUCGGCUACCGCGGCACCAAGUACACCAACCCGCAGGUGCAAGCGGACGGGCGUGAACGCAGCAUCCCCGUCACGCGCUACACAGAACACCAGCAGAUCAAGGACUCGGUGCCGGCGCAAGCCCUGAGCGUGAUCAAGAAGUUCAUCGCCGAGUUUCUGCCCGACCUGCCCGCCCACGGCGUCGACAUCGACAUGACCCGGCUGUGCUGGUACACGGACUCUUGGGACAACCAUUUCGUCAUCGACCAUGUCCCUGGGCCCGGCCACCGGGGAGUGUUUGUCGCCACCGCCGGAAGCGGCCAUGCCUUCAAGUACCUUCCCAACAUCGGUGCGUGGGUGGCGGAUAUCCUCGAGGGAAAGGGUCUCGACAGACAGCUGGUCAAGAGCUGGCGGUGGCGGACCCGGCCCAACAGCCAAGAUCAGGUCGUCAAUCAGUUAAUGCAGGGCAGUUCGGGCCCGAGAGCAUUGAAGAGGGCGAGCAUGUCUACAGCCCAGCAGUUGAAGUUGGGGCCGAGCCCGAAUUUGUGA